AAGUUUAUUAAUCUUAAUUAAAUCCGUGUUUUUCUGAGCUCUGUUCUUCAUUUCCUUCACAAUAAUUCUCCCUCUUUCCUCUGACUCUUCUUGUCUCUGUUUCUUGUCUCUCUGCAAUGGCGAAUCUCCCUAAAUUUUCCAUUUUCUCUCUCCUCCUUCUCCUUCUUCUUCAGCUCUUCUUUGAUGCUUCCUCUUCUUUCACUCCCACCGACCAUUACCUAAUCAACGCCGGCUCCGACGCCCCUUUAACCACCGACUCCGAUAAUCGCAAGUUUUCCGGCGAUGAUUCGCCACUUCCUCACUCGGUUCGACUCUCUGCAUCUCGGACGAUCCCCCUCACUGAGUUAGACCAUGUCUCCCCUCUUUACAACUCGGUCAGAAUCUUCAGAAAACCCUCAAAAUAUGCGUUUCAGAUCAAAGAGAAAGGUGCCCAUUUGGUACGUCUUCAUUUUCACCGCUUUGAUUCAUCGAAAUUCGAUCUUUCUGAUGCUCAAUUUCAUGUUUUAGCUGAUGGGUAUUUGUUAUUGAAUGAAUUUAGUGGGUUGACCAUGAAAUCACUUGAAAUUAGGGAGUAUAUUUUGUGGGUUGAUAGUAAUAACCUUGAAAUUUUGUUCAAACCUUUGAAGAAAUCUAAAUUUGGCUUUGUCAAUGCAAUUGAAGUUAUUUCUGCGCCUAAAGAUUUGAUACUGGACAUUGCUCAAUCUGUAGAUUCUAAUGGGGUGGUUAAAAUUGAUGGAAUUUCCAGAAAUGCGUUUGAAACUAUGUUUAGGGUUAAUGUUGGAGGUGCUAAAGUGACCCCUUUUAAUGAUUCUUUGUGGAGAACAUGGGUUACUGAUGAUGGGUUCUUAGAAUCAGACCAUGGGUCUAAAGAGGUUCAUUUUGGUGGUAGAAUUAAGUAUCAAUUGGGAGGAGCGAGCCGCGAGGUUGCCCCUGAUAAUGUGUAUAACAGCGCGAGGGUCAUUAGUGCUUCGAAUCCUGGUGUUGCUAAGGAGUAUUUGACAUGGGGUUUUCCAAUUGUUGAUGGGUACAAGUAUCUUGUGAGGACUCAUUUUUGUGACAUUGCUAGUCCUGUGCUUGGAUCAUUGUAUUUCAAUGUGUAUGUUAAUGGGGAUUUGGCCAUUGAAAACUUGGAUCUAACGACUAUUACAAACAGUUUGGCUUCUCCUUACUAUGCUGAUUUCGUUGUCAAUGGAGAAAACGGGGUUGUUUCUGUUAGUGUUGGGCAUUCAAAUUGGAGCUCACCUUCAGGGGUUGAUGCAUUACUGAAUGGAAUAGAAGUCUUCAAAAUGAGCAACUCACUAAAUAGUCUUGAUGGAAUGGUAUCUGCAAAUUCAAUCAUGAGAUGUAGGGGAGGAAAUAGUAGUUUUCUGGUGCUUCUUGUAGCUGCAGUAGGGUUGUUGGUUGCUGCAUCUGUUGUCUUGCGUAAAAGAUUAAUGGCUGUGCGUGAUUCUGUGGCAUGGUCUCCAUUGCCUGUGGAUGUUUCUGAAGUCAGUUUGAAGUCUACCUAUUUAUAAUUUUGCGAAUGAAAGUCUCUUUGGAGAUGAAUGUAUCCAUAUAUGUUGCUACAUUCAUAACUUAUCAAGCCCUGGUCUUGUUAAAAGGUCGAGUAUUGGACCUCAGAACACUUUGAUUGUGGCAUUGCUAGAUGUGAAAGGACUCAGAUGGUUGGACUGAUGCUCUUUCAGUUAUGCAAGUAAAUUGUAUUUUGUGAAGAACUUAGAACUUCCGAUCAUAGGCACUCCGUAUUUAUUUUUGUUGAUAAUUCAUAUAAUGUUAACAAACUUUUCUUUUUUUCUGAGAUUAUUGAUCUUGUUUUUUGAGUGUAAUAUAUGGUGAUUGGUGAAGGCAUAUGAAUGAAAACCAACUGUAAUGGAUAUACUUUUGAUAACUUUUCUAGUUUUCUGGUUUAAAA